AUGCCUGGAUUCAGGGGCGCCCUGUACAUGCCCACAUCGCCGGCGAACCAACCACCGGAACACAACACCAGAACACUCAACAUGGCAGACUACGACGACGAAGAUCUCUUCAAGGACCUCUACGGAGACGAAGAAGGUACCGAACCCGUCGAGUCCGCCCCCGUCGUGCCUCCCGCUGCUGCUCCUCCAACCGCCUCUGCACCUCAAGCGCCCGCUGAGCAAGAGCUGACCUCUACCGAGUCUGCGGAGCCGGCCGCCGAGAAAGCUACUGACCCUAGGAUUGCCGCUGGCGCUGCUCCGGCCUAUGACCAAUACGCCUGGAACCAACAGCAAGAACAGCAGACCCAGCAACAGCAGGAGAUGCCGCGGGAUGGACAAGGGCAGGGAUACAACCCGUAUGCUGGUGCUAGUGGGUAUGAUCAGCAGGAUCAGGAUAUGGGUAAUGCGAAUGGAGGAAUUAACCAGGAAAGCGGUAGUAACAAGGAUGAUGGGUACGUAGUCUCUCCUUCUCUUUGUGUGGGGUGUGUGCGUGUUUGUGUAUGUUCGUCUGGUCGGGUGUUGAGUUCGUGGCAAUGUAUGCUGCGAGUGCCACAAGUAUCAGUUGGAUGA